AUAUGUAUAUACAUAUCUAAAGUGAGCAACCAUCUGAAAAGUCGUUGCCAAUUUCAAUUUCUUUCGCUCAGUCGCAAACGAACAACGAACCAUCGAAGUUUAGAAUUUGAAAUACGCAAAGAAAAACUUCCGAGCGAUCGCGCGCGCUGCCCGAAAAAUAUAUCGAAAACGAAAAUAAAUUGAAAUUGAAAAUAAAAAGGAAAUAAAAUAAAAGGAGGAAAGCAAACCACAAAACGAAAUUGCAAAAAAGUGUUUCUUUCCUUAGCGCGUGCAUUGCCAAACGAAUUUGAAACAACGAAAGCAUCAAAUAAAGAAAAUAAUGAAAAUAAAGCAAUAAAGGAAACAGCAACAACAACAACGACGCACACAAUUUUAUUGUAUUUUUAUAUUUUAUAUUUUAGUUGCAUGCCGCGUGGAUUUAAAGGCAGCAGCACAGCAUUAACAGAUAUAAAUACAUACAUAUAAGUACUAUAUUUAUAUGUAUACGAAUUAAAAGGCGAAUUGUUGGCCAAAGCAAAAGGCAAAAAUAAAAAAGAAAAAAUCCCAUUUAGAGGCGUUGCCGCUGCAAAAAUAAAAACCAACGCGCUAAAUACUAAAAUCGUAAAAAUUAAUUAAACAUAAAUUAAGCACAAGUGUUAUUAUUGCUGGGCCAAAAACUAGCGCAAGGCAGCCUACGAAAUACAUACUCUGAUGUACAUACAAGCAUAAUUAUAUAAUCUCAAAAAUUGUUCGCAAUUAAAAUAGUUUUGAGCAUGCCAUAAAUGCAAUGCACUAAGAUCUUAGCAGCGUUAUAAUUAAAAAGUUAUUAUAAUUGUUAUUAUUAUUGCUGUUAUUGAUAUAAUUAAUAUUGUUAUUUUGUACAAUUGCAACACGUGCUAUUAUAAAAUUGCGUCUAUUCGAUUAUCAAAUUUAUUAUGUUUGCAUUGACAAAGUUGCACUCACAUUUCGAACCCUUGCGAAAUUGGCAAACGCUGCUCGUGAAGCGCUUGAAGCCGCCGGAAGGUAGAUAAAUAGGCAGAAGAAUCAGAAGUAAAAGCAACGCAUACAAAUAACGAAUAGAAAGCCCAAAACGAACGAACAAACCAACGAAAGGCAAAAUAGCUACAACAAAAGCAAAAGCAAAUGCGAAACGAACGAACUAUUUGGCGCCCCAACAAAGCAACAACAACUAAGACAAGCAACAACAAGAUUCUCAUCAACAACAAAAACAACAACAAGAACAAAAACAACAUUAUACUCUAGCACACGAAGUAUAAACUGUGCGAAAUUUGCAUCUUUUCCAAGAAAAGUUUGCUGUAAACAUUUAUUUAUUUCGAAUUAUCUUUUCGCCAACUUCCUGUUGUUAAUUUUACUUAAACUUUAAGUGUAAAUUAAUAUUGCUCUAAUUAUUUUUGUUUUCCAAUUAUUUUGUUGUGUUUAGAAUAGUAAGAUAUUUUAAUUUUAAGAGCCAUAACGAAUUUAAAACUAGUCAAAGUGGAAGUACACAUUGUGCGUAUACGUAACGUAACUCUGUGCGUAUACUUGAUAUUUUCUAAGUUCAGUCUUAGUUUAUAAGAAACGCGCGGUAUGAUGAAAAAUCUAAAUGGUAGAGCGCAUAAUGCGUGCUACCAUCCCUAUUAUCAGCAACAGCUGCAACAGCAGCGACAUCAGCAACAGUUGCAGGAGCAGCAACAGCAGCAGCAGCAACAACUACAACAGUUGCCAUUUGUGGCGCAGUACAACCAGCUGCAGCAGCAGCAGCAACAGCAGCAGCAGUACAACAAUCAGCAGUACUACAAUCAACAGCUGCAGCAACAGCAAGAGCAAUUGUUACGUCAGCAGCAGCAGCAGCAACAACAGCAACAGCUGCCCACGCUACCUGCCUACCAGCAACAACAGCAGCAUUCAAAGCAAUCAUAUGGCAAUAACAACAAUAAUGCCGCCAACAUGGCCAUGUCUGCACGCAGCAACAUGCACGCAACAGUUGCUAAUGCGACAGCUAACAGCAAUGCCAACGGCAACAGCAGCAACAACAACGCCAACACGGCGACCGCAGCAAUGGCCGCAAUGUGCCAAAUGCAAAACUAUUUAAGCCAGCAACAACAACAACAGCAACAAUACAACAAUAAUUGUGCUCAUAUUAAUUAUAAUCAACAACAACAGCAACAACAACAGCAGCAGCAACAAGAAGUGCCAACAACAAAUGGUGACAAAUUAGCAUUGGAUGCCAGCGAAAUUGCAAAUUUUUUGGCCAGUGAGCUAUUUAUGCAGCAGCUCGUUUCAUUUGAUGGCAUGCAGAGUGUACCGACGCUGACAACGCCAACGCUGACGCCAACAACGCUGCGGACUAUUGAGGAGACCAUCUAUGAGCUAACAUCUGAGCCACAGAAUGUGCCGUUUCAGGCCGGUUUCAAACCGCCGCCACUGACGGCCGUCAACAGCGGUGGCAACAACAACAACAACAAUAACACAGGCACGUCCACCACUUCAGCCUCCACGCUGGCCGUGAUCAAUGCGAAUGCGAAUCCGAUUAACAGCCAGUCAUACGAGCUGAUGAGUUCGAAUUGCAGUAUACCCGGCAGCGAUUCAGAGGACUCCAAUGGUUCCUGGAACGAUGGCCAGCUGAACGAUGACCAAAGCACAACCGACACUUCAAGUGCCGCCACAGACAGCACCUCGUAUCAGAAUGGUGGCCAUGGCAUGAUGGGGAAUGGCUCAAAUGGUGUUGCCAAUAACUUUACAGCUGCACUCGCCGCUGUUAACAACGCCGGUCGCAGUUCCGGCCAAGCCGGCAACAGCAACACAAAUACCUCAAACAGUGCCACACCAGCGCGUCGCGGCGGUGGCCGACGUCCCAACAAGGCGGCCAACAUGUCACCCGAGGAGGAGGAGAAGCGUCGCAUACGCCGUGAGCGCAACAAAUUGGCGGCGGCACGUUGUCGCAAGCGACGCGUUGACCAGACCAACGAGCUGACCGACGAGGUGGAGGCACUGACGAAGAAGGGCGAAACGUUGAAGAAGGAGAUCGAGAUGUUGAAUGUCACCAAAAAUCAGCUGGAGUAUGUGCUCCAGUCACACCGUCCCACAUGCCAGAAGGUGCGCGAUGAUCUGCUCAGCGUGGCCACCUGCAAUGGACUCAUUGGACCCGCGGCGCUGCUCAGCGCUGGUAGCUGCAGUGGCAGCGGCAGCAGCCAUCACAACAACAACAACAGCAAUAGCAAUGACAGCAGCAGCGGCACCAUCACCGGCUACGAUGCCACGCUCAAUUCCACCGGGCGCAGUAAUUCACCGCUCGAUCUCAAGCCGGUGCUCACCGAUGAGCAGCUGCUGCAGCACAUCAAGCACGAGCCGCAGGAUGGUGCACUGGACUCGGGAUCAUCGCUGGAUCAGGAUGGACCAACGCCGGCCAAACGUUGUCCACUGCCCAACAUUGCCACGCUGAAUGCAUCGCUGACAACACCCACUGGACCCAUCUCGUGCUCCCUGAACACGCCCAUUGUGAGUGCGCCGCCAGUGAGCUUUAACGCCUUUGCCGGCAACAUUUGCAACAUGAGCAGCCCCACACUGAAUGCCCUCAACAAGCUGCCCAAGACGCGUCCCAACACAUUGAAUGUCCAGCGGCCAUUUGGUGGCCAACUACAGGCGGGCGUCGAUGGCAAGGCGCCCACGCAGAUACAGGGUGUGCCCAUCCAGACGCCGUCGACGGGCACCUUUAACUUUGACUCGCUGAUGGAUGGCGGCACUGGACUGACGCCAGUGUCUGGUCCGUUGGUGCCCACCUGCUCCUCGCAGAACAAGCAUCCGCUGGAGAUGCCCACGCCCACAAGUGAGCCGUCCAAGCUGGUCAGCUUAUAACCAGUGUAGGGGGCGUGGCGGAGCCGCAUAACAAAGUCAACAUUACAUUUAGUUUUAUAUACAUAAUACAACAUGCAAAUGCAACUGCAACUGCAACAUGCAACAUGCAACAAUUAAUUGCUAAGAUUUAUACACAAUGAUGUUUUGCUCUUUUUGUAAUGAUUAUUUUGUAAUUGUAAUCAAUGAACCUGGCUGCAACAAUCACAUCCUUCCCCCCGCAACACUCCCCGCCCGCAAGUCUAGUCGUGCGACGGUCUGGUCUCGUGUGGUGAUGUUGCAUGUGGUUGUUGUUGUUGUUGAUGUUGCAGCCAACUUGUUUAUUUAAUAUUUUAUUGUUUUCCCGUUAAAUGUAAAGCUUUUGUAUUAUUAUCUCUAUUACGUUUAAUUUAUGAUUUUCUAUCAAUUAUUCUACUCUAUUAUAUCUAUCUAAACAAUAUGUUUACUUGUAUUUUUGUGCAAUUUUUAAACCAUUUCAUUUGCGUGCGUUAUAUUUUCUAAAAAUAUACAUAGAAAUAUUUAUGCCUAAACAAACAUUUGUAAGAAAUGUAAAAGAAUAUUGAAUAGAAAUGGAAAUGUGAAUGUGAAUGAAAGGACGUUGAAUAUGAAGGAUGCGUUGUGAUAUUUAUUAUUAAAAAAAAACAAACAAACAAGUUAAAUAAAAAGUAACAAACAAAUCUUAACAGAGCGUGUAAUGAAAGGAACUAAGACGGUUUUAAAAUUGUACAUUUAAACAUAAAGAUUGCGUUAAAUAUUAAACGAAACAAAAAAUAAUAUUAAAUAAAAUACAAAACUAAAUACGAUGCCUUGAUAAUGAGAAAUAGGGACAACAAAUGAGAGAGAGAAUGUUAAAUACUAUACUUAUACUACUUAAUAUUUAAGCCGCAGUAGAAAAACCCAAAUAUAUUUUUACUAAACGCAAAAUGCGCUAUUUUCAAAUACCAUUUAUAAGAAAUGACAAAACGCAAAGCAAUUAUUUAAUAUGUAAUUACGUGUAUUAUGCAAUAAUAUAUAAAAAAAAAGAUAACAAUUAUAAACAAAAGAAAAUCAGGCAAAAAUAUUUUAAAGCCUUACAAACGAUCCGAGUACUUUCCCUUUCCUACCUUUGAUUGCUUAUGCAAAAUAGUAAAAUUAUCAAAAAAAUAAAUGCGCAAAAAUAUUGAAACAAAAUCAACCGUCAAAAAUCAACAAAAUUGUAAACAGAACUUAAAUAACUGCACUUUCAUGGGCAAACAGAAUGCCAAAAUUGAUAAAGAGAAAUAAAUAUAAUACAGAACAACCUAAAA